AUGUUCGUGACGAGGAUCAACCAGGGCCCUAGGCUCCCUUCCUUCUCCGAACUCGUCUCGUCGCUAGCGUACGAGCAAGACCAAAGAGACGCCCAGCAUCUGCUCCAUCAGCAUCAUCAUUCCCUGCUCCACCACCAUCAUAUGCCUCAGGCUUUGCAUCCACAUCCCGCCAUGGCUCCAGUGCCUUCGAUGCCCCAAAGACCUCUUAGCAUGCCUGGCCCAGCUAUACUAUCGCUGCUACCAAUGGACCGUCAACAACAACCACCACAACCUCCACAUCAACAACAGCAUCACAUGGACUCCCGCCAGGACCUGCCGCUGGGGUCGCCUUUGGGCAGCUCAUCUAGUGCCUCAAUGGCGCCUCAAUCACAGCCAAUGUUCCCUCCCCAGCAGCUUCUAGCGUCGCCGGGCUCGGUGACACCAGUGACGCCAGCCAGUUCCAUAACGCCAGCCACGUCGGUGAGCUCAUACAACUCCAGCUCCAGCAGUUUUAGUAAGCAAGAGGAUCUGCAACGUGGACCUGGGCCUCGUUUAUCAAGCAAGAGAAAGCACGCUUGUAAGACUUGCGGCAGGCUGUUCACUACACUGGGCCACUUGGCACGCCACUUCAGAACCCACACUGGCGAACGGAAACACGUUUGCCCAUGGGCAGACUGUGGGGCCCGUUUUGCCCGCCAGGAUAAUUGCAUGCAACAUUACAAGACACAUUUGAAUGGGAAGAACAAGAGACGCUAG